AUGGCUCCGACUGUCCAAACGUGUGAUCCUGUACUGGUGUGCGACCCUGUCCUCCUGUGUGACCGAAGUGACUCCGUGCUGGCGAGCGACCCUGUUCCGCCACAGAAUCUCUCGUUCGUGCUCGAAAAGGGGGGAGCAGUCAAGUUUGAAGAUCGUCCCGUGCCUGAAAUUAAGGACCCACAUGACGUGAUCUUGAACGUACGCUACACGGGAAUCUGUGGUAGUGAUGUGCACUACUGCACGCACGGCUGUAUCGGCAAGUACGUGGUGGAUAAGCCCAUGGUGCUAGGCCACGAGUCUGCUGGCGUCGUCCAUGCCGUGGGAUCCGCCGUCAAGUCUCUCAAGGUAGGUGACGAAGUGGCCAUGGAGCCGGGUGUGCCGUGCCGCCGUUGCGUCCGCUGUCUCGAGGGAAACUACAACUUGUGUCCGGAUAUGGCGUUCGCAGCCACGCCGCCGUACGACGGCACACUGGCCAAGUUCUACCGCAUGCCGGAGGACUUCUGCUACAAGCUGCCGUCCACCGUCAGUAUGCAAGAGGGAGCGAUGCUCGAACCCACAGCCGUGGCCGUUCACUUCUGCCGUCUGGCCAAGGUGUCCCCGGGUCAGAAAGUCGUCGUGUUUGGUGUCGGUCCCGUGGGUCUGUUGACCUGCAAAGUGGCUCGUUACGUGUUCGGAGCCACAACAGUCGUCGGCGUGGACGUCAAUGAGAAACGUCUUGCGGUCGCCAAGGAACACGGCGCGACGCACGUGUAUCAGGGGAAGUCCGGCGUGACACCACAGGAGUCGGCCGAGCAGAUCAUUGCCGAGUGCGGACUGGGCGACGGGGCCGACGUCGUGAUUGACGCGAGUGGAGCGGAGCCCUGCAUUCAGACGGCAAUCUACGUCGCACGCAGCGGUGGCACGUUCACGCAGGGAGGUAUGGGCAAGACAGACAUCACGUUCCCCAUUGGCAUCAUGUGCGGCAAGGAGCUCCGCGUGACCGGCAGCUUCCGGUACUCUGCAGGCGACUACCAACUGGCGCUCGAUAUGGUUGCAAGUGGGCAGCUGAACGUCAAGGGUCUCAUCUCGAAGAUUGUGCCGUUCGAGGAAGCCAAGGAGGCUUUCGACAAUGUCCAGCGCGGUAACGGCAUCAAGUGGCUCAUUGAAGGACCCAAGUGA